AUGAAGGCUUAUUUGAGAUAUGAAGGCAUAUCAAAGUAAUAGUAUCCUCAGUCACCACUUCAAGUAGAACCAAAACCCUUAUUUACAAUGAUGCCUCGUCGUAAAACUGCAUAAGUACCUUUUCGUCGAAGUCUGCAUCAAAACAAAUCACCUACAAAUUUUGAUCGAUAAUUCGUUGUUGAGGAAUUGAGACUUGCCAAUGCAUCUCUUUAAGAGGUGAACAAAGAGUUACAACAAUUGAAUGAAUCUUUACAUGAGUAGGUUCAAAAAUUGUAAGAAUCAAAUAAGGCCUUACAAAUAUAGAUCAAUUAAAUGACCAUUUAAAUAGAUGAUCUAAAAAUAAAUAACAGACAUUUGAGAUCAUAAGAUAGCAGUAUACAUUUUCAAUCCAAAGCAUUUGAUUAGAGGUUCAAAGUAAUUGAAAUUUAAGAUUACAAGAUCAAAAUAAUCAUAUCGUGUAUCUACAGUUGCAAUUAAAAAAGUUAAAUGACUAAUUAGAAUAAAAAAGAACUUUAGAAACCAAACCAAUGAAAAUGCAAUAAUAAGCUCUUAGGG